UGAGUGGCUGUAGACUUGCAGCCAACUACCCCCCUCCCCAUAAUUUCCCUGAUUUUGUCUUUUAAUAUUCCUUCAAUCAAUUAAUCUUCUUCUCCAAACAGCUCAUACAUAUUAUUGCCAAGGGACAGAACUCCAUCACCUGUCCCUUUAUUGCUUGUUUCUUGCCCCCAAACAAGCAACAAAGCAGCUGGCCCUGACUGAAAAUCAAGAAACUCUCAAGCACCCUGGAUUUUCAUGUGAUUUUAGUGGAUCAGUUUUGGAUUCUGGUACUUGGGUUCUUUUGUUACUCUUUAUGUAGUUGAUAAAUCAGUGUUUUUUGUUAUCUUACCUUGUUUUAUCCUAUUUCGUUGCUGGUGAAGUUCGGUGUCAGAGUUAGAGUUCUUGGAGAGUGAGCACUGAAUGAAUUCUGUAUUUGUUUGGCUUUUGAGGUUUUGGUUUGUUAUUUUAUCUGUAUUUAUGUUGUCGAAGUGGCGAAUUUGAAGUAUCCGCUUUGGUUUUGUUGCUGUAUAAGGAAAUCCCAUCUCCCAUGUUUCCAUUUCCUGUCUGAGUUCGCUUGUAUCUUCAUAGAACCGAGUGAUAACACCAGCUUCAGUCCUGCAGCAUAUGUUUCCUAUCAUUUGAAUUAAGUUUUGGUGUUUGCCUGCAUUUUUCUUGGAUACUAUAGAAUUUGGGAAUACUUAGAAUCAGUUAAAAUACAUCCUUUUGUUCCUAUAAUGAUGCUCGGAUAUUAGGCGGCAAUGUCAAUAAUAUGUGGGCUUCCCCUUCUCGAAUGUGUGUACUGCCUAGCAUGUGCUAGAUGGGCGUGGAAACGGUGUUUGCACACCGCGGGCCACGAUAGUGAGACAUGGGGCCUUGCCACAGCUGAAGAGUUUGAACCUGUUCCUAGGCUUUGUCGAUACAUAUUAGCCGUCUAUGAGGACGAUCUAAGAAACCCACUUUGGGAACCUCCUCGAGGAUAUGGAAUUGAUCCAGAUUGCUUAAUUAUGAAAAAGAAUUACGAGGAUACACUGGGACGAGCUCCCCCGUACUUGUUGUAUCUUGAUCAUGACCAUGCCGAUAUAGUUCUUGCCAUAAGGGGCCUUAAUCUGGCAAAGGAGAGUGACUAUGCAGUUUUGCUGGAUAACAAGCUGGGGAAAAGGAAAUUUGAUGGAGGGUAUGUCCACAAUGGGCUGUUGAAAGCGGCUGGCUGCGUUUUAAAUGCAGAGUGCGACAUUUUGAAGGAACUGGUUGAGAAAUACCCCAAUUAUACAUUGACUUUCACAGGGCAUUCCCUAGGGUCAGGUGUGGCAGCAUUGUUGACAAUGGUGGUGGUGCAGAAUCGUGAUAGAUUGGGGAAUAUCGACAGGAAGAGGGUAAGGUGCUUUGCUAUUGCACCUGCCAGGUGCAUGUCACUUAAUUUGGCUGUGAGAUAUGCUGACGUCAUCAACUCUAUUGUCCUUCAGGACGAUUUUUUGCCUCGAACAGCCACCCCGCUGGAGGACAUAUUCAAGUCUCUUUUCUGUCUGCCAUGUUUAUUAUGCCUGAGGUGUAUGAGAGAUACAUGCAUACCAGAGGAGAAAAUGCUGAAAGAUCCAAGAAGGUUAUAUGCACCUGGUCGCCUUUAUCACAUUGUCGAGCGUAAACCUUUCAGAUGUGGAAGAUUUCCUCCAGUUGUGAAGACAGCAGUGCCGGUGGAUGGAAGAUUUGAGCAUAUAGUUCUCUCAUGUAAUGCCACUUCUGAUCACGCCAUCAUUUGGAUAGAGAGAGAAGCUGAAAGGGCUCUGGAACUGAUGAGAGAGAGAGAUCACACAUUGGAAAUUCCAGCACAACAGAGGAUGGAGAGACAGGAGACAUUAGAAAAAGAGCACAGCAAGGAGUACAAGGCUGCUCUACGCAGAGCCGUUUCUUUGGCUGUUCCCCAUGCGUUUUCACCAUCACAGUAUGGAACGUUUGAUGAAAAAGAUGACGAAGAUUCCCAGCAGUCAGCAGGUGAUUGUUCAACAGGAUCAUCAGCAAAGAGCAAGAGUGUAGAAAGUUGGGAUGAACUCAUCGAGCGCCUUUUUGAGAGGGACGAGUCCGGCAACAUGGUGCUGGAAAAACCACUCAUUGUUGACUGAUAGCUGUAAUGUAUCACACCCAACCAGAACAUUAUUCUUUCAUUCAAUUGUGCUGUGUUUGUAGUCUUUCUUCUUAUUAUAUCAGUGUUCAGAACUACAUGUAUGGAUAGAGCAUUAUAGAUACCAUAAUCAAGCAUAUUCAAGUCCUAGGGACAAAUAAGUAGGAUAAUAGAAAUUAUUUGGUGAUUGUAGAUGAAUGUGAAGUUCUCAUAUAUUUAAAUAAUAUGAUGAUUUUGGAA